AAGUAUUUUUUGCAACUCCAAGGGUAGCUGCAGGCUUAUUAUAACCUGUGCGGAACCAUUUUGCCAUUUUCCCCAAGUACUUUCAGAAAAUCAGGAUUUCUUUAACUUUAAUUUCAGGACUUUUACUCUUGGAUGCUUGGAUGCACAGGUUAAUUCCUAUAAUUCUGGGGGUGCUUAGCUUUCUGAAACCAGCUACUCAGAUGGCAUAUGUUUUCAUGUAUGGCACUCUUAAAAUGGGCCAGCCCAACUGCAACAUAAUGCUGGACACCACCAAAGGCACUGCCAAGUUCCUUGGUCGUGCUUGCACUGUUGAUAAAUACCCCCUGGUGAUAGCAGGCAAGUACAAUAUCCCUUUCCUCCUCAAUGUGCCUAAAGAGGGACAACGUGUCCAGGGGGAACUCUACAGUGUGGAUGACCAAAUGCUGAAGUUCCUUGAUUGGUUUGAAAAGUGUCCACAUAUGUAUCAGCGAACAAAGAUCCUGCUUGAGGUUGAGGAGUGGGUUGGAGAGGGAACAUCUCAAGUGGGCAAGACUAUUGAUGCCUUUGUGUACAGUACGACCACUUACGAACCUGAGUGGCUCCAGUAUCCUACCUUCAAUAGCUAUGAUGCAUAUGGGGACCAUGGUCUGCAGUAUGUGUCUCGUGAAGCCAGAGAAUCUGCUGACUAACUUUGACUGACCAGUUCCUCUGCAGGGAUCCACACAGCCAUGCACACAGAUUUCAGAGUGACAGUUCAUUCCAUUCUGUUUUGGAAAAUAAAGAUUUUGAAUACCA